CAACAGCAUGAGCUCCAAGCUUCAAACACAUUCUUAUGCUCAGAAGAGCACUUUAUUUUUUGUCGAGUUAUUUUUUGUAUUGUUUUGAAGCAGCUUCGAUUAAGACGCACAUAUUUCUCCUUUAAAUUUUUUAAUGGUUUCUAAAUUCAUGGGACAACCAAAGCAAAGAAGCCUCAUGUUUUGGGGGAAAUUUUGACAUCAGCAAUGCCUAGAAAAGAGCCAAAGAUGUUUAUCUUGCUCUAUGUUACAAGUUUUGCCAUUUGUGCCAGUGGACAGCCUCGGGGUAAUCAGUUCAAAGGAGAGAGCUACUCCCCAAGAUAUAUCUGUAGCAUCCCUGGCUUACCUGGACCUCCAGGACCCCCUGGAGCAAAUGGUUCCCCGGGGCCCCAUGGUCGGAUCGGCCUUCCAGGACGAGAUGGUAGAGACGGCAGGAAAGGAGAGAAAGGUGAAAAGGGGGCUGCAGGUUUGAGAGGCAAGACUGGACCCCUGGGCCUUGCUGGAGAGAAGGGGGACCAAGGAGAGACUGGGAAGAAAGGACCCAUAGGACCAGAGGGAGAAAAAGGAGAAGUCGGUCCAGUCGGGCCUCCUGGCGCGAAGGGGGACAGAGGAGAGCAAGGGGACCCAGGGCUGCCCGGAGUCUGUAGGUGUGGACGCAUUGUACUCAAAUCUGCCUUUUCUGUUGGCAUCACGACCAGCUACCCAGAAGAAAGGCUACCAAUUAUAUUUAACAAGGUCCUCUUCAAUGAGGGAGAGCAUUACAACCCUGCGACAGGGAAGUUCAUCUGUGCCUUCCCAGGGAUCUAUUACUUUUCUUAUGAUAUCACAUUGGCAAACAAGCAUCUGGCAAUCGGGCUGGUCCACAAUGGGCAGUACCGGAUAAAGACCUUCGACGCCAACACAGGGAACCAUGACGUGGCUUCGGGGUCCACGGUCAUCUACCUGCAGCCAGAAGAUGAAGUCUGGCUGGAGAUCUUCUUCACUGACCAGAAUGGCCUCUUCUCAGACCCAGGCUGGGCAGACAGCUUGUUCUCUGGAUUUCUCCUAUAUGUUGACACAGAUUAUCUAGAUGCCAUAUCAGAAGAUGACGAGCUGUGAUCUGGACUCAUGUCCUGAAUGUUCCAAGAUUCUUGUGGCAGACGCUUUGAUUUAAUCUGGGGCCCUGGAAGGUGGAGCAAGCAGAAACGAGAUCCAAAGAGACUCCCACUCAGAUUCCAAAGCUCUUACAGAGAACUCUAGCAGCAUCUAUUAAAACAAGAUGAACCACCAAAUGGUUGAAACCACACCAAAAUGAAUUCUACAAAACAAUAACCCCAGAUAAGAAUCCUCUCGAAAGCAAUGUUCAUAAAUAUUUAAACAAAUUAAAGACAAUGUUAACAAAUUUUCUAUUAAACUCCCUGAGUGAUAAAAUCAGCUGGCAAUGAUAUUGUCUCAUUAAAUCUUCAUAAAA